GUGAAUGUUUGGAGUUAUUCAGGUCGAUGUGUUCACCCACGUACGGCCGGUAUCCAGAUCAGGUACAUACUUGUCGACGAUUCACGAACCAUGGAAGGGACAUUUGGACACUUUCGUAGACGGGUCACAGAAAAUUGCAUAUGCAGUCGGAGGUGUUGUAGUAGCUGUUGCAUCGGUCGUCGUCCUCAGGAAGCUCUUGUUAAAGCAGAAGGCGAAGGAGUAUCCCCGAGAUACGGUGAUCCUUCAUCAGAUCGGUAGAGGUCCUUACGCCCCCAGCAUGACGCCGUUUGCUGUGAAGCUGGAAACCUAUCUCCGGAUGGCCAGGAUACCCUACCAGGUGGUGAAUGAUAACCUCCAAGGGCUGAAAAUGUCAUCUAAGGGCAAGGUCCCCUGGAUUGAGUAUAAUGGGAAGGCUGUGGCGGAUUCGACAUUAUGUAUUGACUUCCUGAACGAAAAGCUGGAAGUGGACCUCCACCAGCACCUGAGUCCCCGGGACAAGGGUGCAGCUAUGGCAAUGCAGGUCAUGACGGAGGAACAUCUGUACUGGUUCCUUGCUCUAUUCCGCUACCAAUAUGACAACGACAAAACCUUUAUUAAGCAAACGUUGAAGAUAGGAUGGUUUGUUGUACGGAUUGCCAAGUAUAUGGUUGCAAAUUCAACAUGGUAUCAAGGUUUGGGUCGCCACACAGAAGAGGAAGUGACACAGAUGUUUAAGAAGGAGCUACAGGCUCUUUCUGACUUCAUGGGUAAAUCAAGCCCACAGGGCGUGUCACGCUUAGAAACAGCGUUAGAAAGAAUUACAGACAAAUACCCAAACCUGGCCGCCUACUGUAACCGUAUGAAGGAAACAUUCUGGCCUGACUGGGACCAGUGCAUCACUCAUGGUGGAACAAGGGAGGCAACCAAGUAAAGGGAGACAACACGGUGUGGACAUUUGUA